AUGAAGCAAAUUCGACUAUUGUCCGGUUCCUCGCAUGUUGACCUUGCCCAAAAGAUCGCCUUCCGGGUGGGGGUUCCAGUGGCACCUAUUACGCUCAAGAGAACAGCAUGUUCUGAAUCUGUGCUUGAGAUUCAUGUAUCUGUUAGAAACCACGAAGUCUUUAUAGUGCAGACGGGAAACUGCUUUAGUGGAUCUAUUGACGAGUAUUUAGUUGAGCUUUUAAUAAUUGUUAAUGCCUGCAAGCAUGCAUCUUCAGGUCGUAUAAUUGUUAUCCUUCCAUACUUUCCAUAUUCAAGGUUUAGAUACGGGAAAAAGGACUCGCCUAGAGGUUCAAUAUCUGCAAACUUGGUGGCCCAGAUGUUGCAGGUUGCUGGGGUAAACCAUAUUCUGACUGUGGAUUUGCAUUCCCAACCGAUCCAGGACUUUUUCAACAUCCCGUUCGAUAAUUUGCGAUCCGAGUCCUUACUUGCAAAGGCCAUAUUCUCUGCCAGCCUUUCAAUGUUGGCAUCAUUGGAAGAUUUAUCGUACGGAUGCUCAAAAUUUGAAAAUUUGAUUACCAUGGCACGUUCAUCUAGUCCGGUCAACUUUAUUGGCCGUUUUUCCCCUACUCCAGACCGUACUUGUCCUGCUGCGGACUCGAUGCAAGAUACAUCUUCAAACAAAGCUGUGAUUUUAUCGACCCCUUCGACGCCAAAUCCCAAAGCAGAGAUCUACUGCAGCUCUUCGGUUUUUUUUCGCGGAGAUAUCUUUUUAAAUCAAUUAUUUCAAGAAAAUUGUGUGAUCAUCGUCCAAAAGCCGUCCUCAACAAAGAGCGUUGCUGCGCUUGCCGAUAGAUUAGGACUGGACUUUGCACUUGUUACUUCGGAAACAGAAGACGAUAAUAUUGAGUCCAUUUGCAACGGAGAUAAUCUGGUUGGAAAUGUAAAGUCUAAAAUAGCCUGGAUUUUCACGGACAUUAUAGAUGACCCUUCGUCGUUUAUUACGACUGCAAAAAUAGUAAGGGCCUCUGGGGCGCUUAUGGUGGGCGUCGUUGCGAUCCACCCUUUACUUACAAACGAAAAUAUGGCGCGUCUGGAGCAAGAUCCCGAUAUUGAUAUUGUUCUUGUUACCAAUUCGUGCCCACUUCCCUGUAUUAAUUUAGAUGAAUCAAAGUUCAGAGUCAUAGACAUCUCGCCAAUCCUAUCGGAAGCCAUUAGACGAAUGCACAAUGGCGAGUCAAUGUCGUCGAUGUUUUUUAAAGAAUUUUAA